AUGUUGAACAUGGGUGGCCCAUCCACCGUAACAGAAACUGGAGACUUCCUCAAAAAUCUUUUCUUGGACGGCGACCUCAUACCCCUUCCUUUCCAAAAGUAUGCAGCUCCUAUCAUCGCCAAACGUCGAACGCCCUCCAUCGAAGAACAAUACACUGCCAUUGGCGGCGGCUCUCCCAUUCUUCGUUACACAGAAUACCAAGGCAAAGGAAUGACUGCACUGUUGGACGAGCUACAUCCCGAAACUGCACCACACAAAAACUAUACUGCCUUCCGAUACGCGAACCCCCUGACGGAGUUGACGGCGAAGAGGAUGAAGGAGGACGGUGUGAAGAGGGCAGUCGCGUUCACGCAGUAUCCGCAGUACAGUUGCAGUACGACGGGAAGUAGCUUGAACGAGAUAUUCAGGAAGGGAGCACCGAGUGGGAGUCUACUGGAAGGGAUCGAAUGGAGUGUCAUCGACCGGUGGGGAACGCAUCCUGGGUUCAUCGAGGCCGUAGCUCAAAAUAUCGAAGCAGCACUACAGAAAUUUCCCGAAGCCACUCGGUCGGACACCAUUCUCCUCUUCUCAGCACAUUCCCUUCCCAUGUCCGUCGUGAACCGUGGGGACCCAUACAUCCUCGAAGUCUCCGCCACCGUCUCCGCCGUUAUGGACCGCUUGGGUAACUCGAAUCCGUAUCGACUGGUAUGGCAGAGUCAGGUUGGACCGUCGGCGUGGAUGGGAAUGCAGACCGGGGACGCUCUGAAAGGUCUGGCAAGGUUGGGAAAGAAGCAGGUGGUCAUUGUGCCCAUCGCCUUUACUAGUGAUCAUAUCGAGACGCUAUACGAAAUUGAUCUCGAGUACGCCAAGGAGGGUAGGGAGCUUGGUAUGGACGUCCACCGUGCAGAGUCACUGAACGAGUCGCCCGUGUUCAUCCGAGCGCUCGCAGACAUCGCCGCCAAACAUCUCAAAGACUACUCUGCGGGCAAGGGCCCGACAAGCAUCCAGUUGAGUCUGCGGUGUCCAGGUUGCACCAAUUCAGUGUGUGCGCAGCAAAAGUCGUGGUUCGCCAAGGGAGGAAGGUAA